AGGCAUCGAAGAGCGUUUGGCGUGUGUUUGCCUCGACAAAAGCUUGCGUUUCUUCCUGUUGUCUUUCACCGUUCUACGCUACCCACCCAAAAGUCGUCUUUAUAUUGAAAGGCCAUGAAGAAGCGUAUCAAUUUUCGCAAGCUCGGCCGUACAUCGUCACACAAAUGGGCCAUGCUGCGGAAUCUCGUCACUUCAUUGAUUGAACACGAGCGGGUGGUCACGACGUUGCCCAAAGCCAAGGAAGUUCAGUCACUGGCAGAAAAACUAGUGACUACGGCAAAGAAGGAAAAUAAACUCCACGCCCGCCGCAAAAUUAACGAAAUUGUCCGUACCGCGACGGAGCAAACCAAGCUGAUGACCGUUCUCGGUCCGCGGUACGCCUUUCGACAGGGUGGAUACACUCGUAUAAUGAAACUAGCCAAGCCCAGGGCAGGUGACAAGGCAGACAUGGCGGUAUUGGAAUACGUGGAUCGGCCGGGAGAAAUUCGGGCUGCCCGGCCUCCCGCGGCCUUACGCAAUGAAAGCUUGGAAAGUAUUAUGGAAAAGCUUGGACUGCAAGCAAAAGAAGAAUUGGAAGCCGAACGUUAACAACAAAGCAGAAGCGCUUCAAAGUUUCCGACGUUAAUUGUCGUAUUCUAGUUUCACUAUUCGUAAAGU